UAAAAUUUUUAGUCAAGAUCUAAAUUUCGUGCAGUUCGCAAGCAUUAAAAACUCGGUGCAUAAAAGUAAUAUCAAACCACACAAACCAUCCUUAAAGAUACUUCUUUCAUUGAGUUCAACUAACUAAUUCCGCUUACGCUUCGGAUAGAGCUUGAAAGCAUCAAGUCGCGGGUUCAAGACCGGGCACAAUAAAAAACAGUAAAACGAGCAUUGAAAUGCAUAUACACCCCAGUUCGCCAGACUCCGCCUUCUCGGAAGACUGUGCUGCUACCAUCAUUCAGGCCGGAUUUCGAGGCUACCGGGUACGGAAGCAGUUAAGACAGAAACCCAACCGUCGUCGCCACCAUCGUCGCCAAAUGGAAAACAGAAAUGGCCCCGAACCCCGAACGGACAGGAAUACCAACAGUGAAGGAGCAUCCGUGGAGGAUCGUUCCGCUACCAAAAUUCAAGCCGGUGUCCGUGGUUUCCUAGUUCGUAAGAGGCAGAAGAUUGCAGCGGAUGCAGCCACAAAAAUCCAGGCCAGUUUUCGAGGUUUUAAGGUGCGCAAGGAGAUGGAGAAAAUGAAGCAGAAAAAGUGAGCCGUGCAGGCGACUGAUUGCUUCUUAGAUUUACCGGGAGUACAACAAGGACACGGCAGGCUAGCAAAGUAAACUACCCCAAAAUUUCGGAGCGGAAACCAAAAAAACAAUUUUAUAUUUAGGAAAAGAAAACCAAACAACACCUCGAAAUCGUCAAGUAUUUUAUUUAAAAAAUAUUUAAUUAUAAAAGUUAAUGUUAUUAUUGUGACUAGAUUAGAAUCUUAAAAUAUUAACGGAUAAAAUAAUUGAAACAUAAAAAUUCCUUUAGACUUAGUAAGUUUUUUUAUAGCUAACUAUGAAAAACAUAAAAACAGGAAAAAAUAAAAAUCGAUAAAUUAAAGAUA